CAUUACAGUGUGCGAUAGAGACAGGUAAGAUGGCGGCGCAGGAGACUCAAGCAACACAGCAGUCGUCCGUAAGCAACGGAGAGGUGAGCAGUAAUGGGGCAGCUGCCUCAGGUCAGGUAGCUCAGACAGGUGCGACUGCACAGGACCCCCAACAACAACAACAGCAGCAGCAGCCCAAUGCCUGGCAGGUCAUUAAAGGUGUCCUCUUCAGGAUUUUUAUCAUCUGGGCUAUAAGUAGCUGGUUCCGCAGAGGUCCAUCAACUCCAGAUCCCAACACUCCCGCUGGAGCUCCUCGAGUGCCCAGCAGAAACCUCUUCCCCAAGGACACCCUUAUGGAUUUAUAUGUAUAUAUCUCUGAGAAUGAGAUAUUUACAGAUUUUAACAAUACAGAAGCGCUGUUCUGGUACCAGCGAGAUCUGGUUUAUGGAGAUUGGACCACAGGGGAGUCGGGAGAUGGCUGCUAUGAGCAUUACCAAGAGCUGGACCUCUCUGAGGGUGUAAAGCAGAAUGGCUCUGUAUACAUCCAUAUUUACUUCACCAAGAGUGGCUUCCACCCAGACCCCAAACGCAAGGGCCAGUACCGCAGGUUGUCUACUGUCCAUGCCACGCGAAUGCUCAACAAAUACAAGAGGAGGAAGUUCCUCAAGACCAAGAACCUGUUGACAGGAGAAACCGAAGCUGAUCCAGAAAUGAUCAAGCGAGCCGAGAGUCAUGGGCCUGUGGAGAUCAUAUCCCAUUGGCAUCCCAACAUCACUAUCAACAUGGUGGAUGAUCACACAGCUUGGGUGAAAGGCUCUGUCCCCCCACCUCUAGACCAGCAUGUAAAGUUUGAUGCAGUGAGUGGAGACUACUAUCCCAUUGUUUAUUUCAAUGACUACUGGAACCUGCAGAAGGACUAUUACCCCAUAAACGACACCCUGCAGAAUCUGCCCCUCCGACUCACCUACUGCCCCCUCUCCUUGUGGCGCUGGCAGUUAUAUGCCGCUCAGAGUGCCCGCUCCCCCUGGAACUUCCUGGGAGAGGACACUUACGAGCAGUCAGAUGAGGACCAGGAUUCUGUUAAGGUGGCCCUGCUUGAGACCAACCCCUACCUCCUGGGACUGACCAUCGUUGUUUCCAUCGUCCACAGCAUUUUUGAAUUCUUGGCCUUCAAGAAUGAUAUCCAGUUCUGGAACAGCCGUCAGUCUCUGGAGGGGCUGUCCGUGCGCUCCAUCAUAUUCGGGGUGUUCCAGUCUCUGGUAGUGCUGCUCUAUAUCCUGGACAACGAGACCAAUUUUGUCGUCCAGGUCAGCGUAUUCAUCGGCCUGCUCAUUGACUUCUGGAAGAUCACCAAAGUCAUGGACGUCAGGCUGGACAGGGAGAACAGGAUUGCUGGAAUUAUUCCACGAUUGAUAUUCAAAGACAAGUCUACAUACGUGGAGUCUUCAACAAAAAUUUAUGAUGACAUGGCUUUUAAAUACCUGUCCUGGCUGUUGUACCCUCUCUUUGGGUGCUAUGCAGUUUAUAGCUUAUUAUAUGUGGAACACAAAGGCUGGUACUCUUGGGUGCUCAGCAUGCUUUAUGGGUUCUUGUUAACCUUCGGGUUCAUCACCAUGACGCCGCAGCUCUUCAUCAACUACAAGAUGAAGUCAGUAGCCCAUCUUCCCUGGAGGAUGCUCACCUACAAGGCCCUGAAUACCUUUAUAGACGACUUGUUUGCCUUCGUCAUCAAGAUGCCAAUGAUGUACAGAAUAGGUUGUCUCAGAGAUGAUGUGGUGUUCUUCAUCUAUCUGUACCAGCGCUGGAUUUACAGAGUGGAUCCCAACCGCGUGAACGAGUUCGGGACCAGCGGAGCGGACCACAGCAGGGACAGCCCGGCCCAGCCAGCGGCCUCCGAAACAACCGCUGCCAUCACGGAUAAAUCAGAGGGGGAGAAGAAGAAUGAUUAACCCCCUUUUAACCCCCUUCCCUUGCCCUCUGGUCUUGUGAAGGCGCGAUAAGGCAUUUUCAAGGCUGGGUUUAUGUUUAAUUGUCAAGGAAGGGAACUGGAUUAAUGGUAUUACGUAAAAGACUGCGGGAAAAAAAAAAAGUUCAGUUCAGCGUUCCUCCUUUGUGUGGGAUCCACAGGAAAAAAAAAUAUAUAUUUAAUGUAGACUUCCUAAAAUCAUUCUUUUUCAAUCUCCCAUAUUUUUGCAGUCAAAGUGAAGUAAAAUGUGAUGUACUGUAUUGUA